UCAUCACUACCAGACGCCAUUUUAUUUUGUGCGAGUCUUACAUAAGUCGGAGUGUACUUGUCUCAUCUCUGUAAAAGAAGACAAUAAUAAUGCCUCGUGGUGGAAGACGAUCUAGUGGUCGUUCAUCUCCAAUGUUUGGAAAGGCAUCUCCGCCACCACGAGCCCCUCCACGGCCUGUUUCUAGUGUGCCGGCUGCCAGACCUGCUUCCAGCGUGGCGCAGCCAGCAACGCAACAACCAAGACAACCUGGACUGUUUGGACAAAUGGCGUCCACGGCGGCUGGUGUAGCGAUCGGUUCAACUGUGGGUCAUGCAGUUAGUGGUGCUCUGUUUGGUGGCCAUAGUGGAGAAUCAGAGCAGCCAGCAUAUCAGCAAGAUAUGGCAGCAUCACCAUACCAAACUCAUGAUCAGCAACAACAGAACCAACUGGGUCCCUGUCAGUGGGAAUUGCGACAAUUUGUUGAGUGCGCACAGAAUCAGGGUGACAUUACACUUUGUCAGGGAUUCAAUGAGGCACUCAGGCAAUGCAAACUGGCAAAUGGUCUUUCCUGAGGAUCUAGACACAUUGUGACUCUAUGCUAUGUGUGACUGUCCUAGCUCAAAAAUGAUCAAGAUUGUGCUUGCUGUGGCCUCAUUUCAAUCAGUGUAUUCUUCUGUUGGUUUCAAGACAUUCUUGGAAACCUUUACAAGAUGGAGUUUGCAUUUGGCACUUUGCUUAAAAUUUAUUCUGGAUCACAUUUUGUGUUCUGAGGAAUAAAUAAUUGCUGAGUGGAGGUGGAAUAAAAUUGCUAAAUAGAAUGGCAUAAUGAGACUCUUUUAAUAAACUUCAUACACAUGUAA